CUCUCUCUCUUCGCCUCGUCUACUAAUUUCCGUCGCCUCGAAUUCGUCUUCCACCGCCACCGGCGCCCUGAAUGCUUCCUCGCCCCCACUUCCUCCUAUUCUCCUCCUUUGGGGGGACAGCUGCGGCUUUCGGGGAACCCUUUCCCCUCCGUCUCCCGCUAUGAGUGGGGAGGAGCCGCCCGACGACCGGCGGUGCUUGUGGCGGUGCAAGAACUUGCGGAUGGAGGGCGCUGAAUUCUGCUCCGAUCACCGCGGCCUGCAGAGCGCCGAGAAGGGCAGGUGGGGCUCCUCGUCCUCCCGGUCCAGGAAGACUAGGGUUAGGGCUCGGCCGGAGGAGGGGCCGCCUGGGGAAGAGGAAGAGGCGGAGAGGGAAAAACUCAGAAAGAAGAACGAAAGCCGGGCCUUUAGGCCAGCGGGGUCGGCCGCUAGGGCUGCGGAGCGGGAUGGCCCGAAGAGUAUCCCGGUGAGGGAGCGGAGACGUCUGAUAGUGGUAGACGAGUCGGACAGCGAUGAGGAGGAGGAUGCAUUGGUGAAGGAGGAUGACGACGAUUGGAAACAAGAGAACGUGAAGGCUGGAAACAAACGGAAAAGAAUGCACUUGGAUAUGCAAAAACGAAAGAACAGAAAAACUGAGAAAGAGGCUUCAAUCACGGAUAAAGAUGGUCAAGGAGCUGGCUCUUCUGCCGCUAGCGAAAAGUCCAGCUCUGAGAAGACUGCGCAGAAUGAGAAUUAUCCAGAGGUACCUAAGAAGAAGAAAUUAACGGGUGAUGAUGCUCUUAUGUGUCAUCAGUGCCAGAGGAAUGACAAGGGAAGAGUUGUAUGCUGCACGUCAUGCAAAAAGAAACGAUUUUGUAUACCAUGCAUAACUCGCUGGUAUCCUCAUUUGUCAGAAGCUGAUUUUGCAGCAAGGUGUCCAUUCUGUCGCAAUAAUUGCAAUUGCAAAGCAUGCUUGCGAAUGCUAGGUCUUGCUAAGCCUCCAGGAAAACUGAUCGAGAAGACUGACAAAAUUAAGUUUUGUUGUUAUACUCUACGUUUAUUGCUUCCUUGGUUGAAAGAGUUAAUCCAAGAACGAAAUGCUGAGAAAGGAAUCGAAGCUAAGAUUCAAGGUGCUGCAUCAAGUAAAAUAAAGAUACAAAGAGCGACAUGUGAAAAAGAUGAACGCAUAUUCUGCAAUGUUUGCAGAACAUCCAUUGUUGAUUUUCACAGAAGCUGUCCAAGCUGUUUAUAUGACUUAUGCCUUGGCUGUUGUCGGGAACUUCGUGAAGGUUGCAUUCCUGGUGGCCUUGGGAAAAUAAUUUUGCCCUAUCAGGAUAGAGGUAAUGAUUACAUUCAUGGGGGCAACCAACAUCGUCAAAGUAAUGUAUCCGAGGGUUCUUCAACCAGGCAAGCUAGCUCUCAUGUGACUCAGCUGAAUGAAUGGAGGGCUAAUGAGGAUGGCAGCAUUCCUUGCCCACCUAAAGAGAUCGGCGGCUGUGGUUCUUCCCUUUUGGAGUUGAGAUGCAUGUUUAAAGAGAGUUUGCUUUCUGCUCUGGAAGAGAAAGCUGAGGCAAUUGUCAAAGAGAGUCAAUUUUUAGAAUGCAUUGGUAAUUCUGAUCGAUGUCCCUGUUUCAGCGCAACUGGUCAGACUGAUAAUAGCAGUAGGAUGUUGCGAAAAGCAGCAUGUCGUGAUAACUCAGAUGAUAACUGCUUGUAUUGUCCGACUGCUAAUGACAUUCAACAGGGUGAACUGGAUCACUUCCAGAAGCAUUGGCUAAAGGGUGAGCCAGUGAUUGUUCGGGAUGUUCUUGAGCUCACAUCUGGGCUGAGUUGGGAGCCCAUGGUUAUGUGGCGGGCAUUGCGAGAGAAGAAAUUGGCUGAGAAGGCUUCCGAGAGGCUUACAGUGAAGGCAAUCGACUGCUUGGAUUGGUGUGAGGUGGAGAUAAACAUUCACCAGUUCUUCACAGGAUAUACUGAAGGAAGGAAACACAAUAAUGGAUGGCCUGAGAUGCUCAAGCUUAAGGAUUGGCCUCCAGCCAAUUCCUUUGAGGAACGCUUACCACGUCAUGGUGCUGAAUUCAUCACUGCUUUGCCAUUUCCUGAAUACACAGAUCCUAGGUAUGGUCCUCUUAAUCUUGUUGUGAAGCUGCCAAAGGAUGUGCUCAAGCCAGAUCUGGGGCCAAAAACUUAUAUUGCUUAUGGACUUGCUGAAGAGUUGGGCAGAGGGGAUUCCAUAACUAAGCUUCACUGUGACAUGUCUGACGCUGUAAAUGUUUUGACACAUACAGCAGAAAUGACCCUUUCCAGCCAUCAGCUUUCUAAGAUAGAGAAGCUGAAAAAGAAACAUUUGAAGCAAGAUAUACAGGAGCAGCUUUAUGCUGAACAGGAAGACAAAGGAAAAGUAGUAUCUUCCGCGGAGAAAAAUAUUAUGGAGCGGACUGACAACAUUUCAAAUGUGGCCUUGGAUGAUGAAAAAAUUAUGCCAAUGCAGUCUUCCAGUCAUGUGGACAAGAUGUCUGCUGAUGUACUCGAUGACCAAAAAUCAGAAUGCAUCUCUACAACUGAUAUCGAUGUGAACACAUCAAAUGUUCAAGUCAGGGACGCAAUGCAUGUUGAGAAAGUUCCAGAGACCUGUGUUACUGGUUCUGAAGAUGAAAAAACUGAAUCUUCUCAACUCUGUGAUCUGAAUCAUGAAGAGGUCACUAAAAAUAAACAGAUGGAUCAAAUUAAUGUUGAACAGAAUGGGUUUGACAAUGUGAGGAUGGAUGAGAAAGCAGUUGAUAAAACUCAUCCUUCAGCUAUACCCAUUAGCAAAGAUACAUCUGUGCAGGUCCAUAUUGAGUCACAUUCUGUUGUUCAUAGCAGAUUGUUUGUCUCUGGACCCUCCAUUAAGCACUCUGGUCAAUCUGGAAAUGAUGACAAGAAGGAAGCAUCCGAUCAAGACAUCGUGGCCAGUGUUGGAUGUAACUCCGGUUACUGUUGCACCAAAAUUGAAAAUACUGAGGCACAUGACGAGGGAACAACUAUGGAUAAAAGUGCUGCUGGCAUUGUUCAGAGGAAUGGAGGACCUGGAAACACGUUGGGCAAUGUAGUUAAUGACAGCAACUUAGGAGAAAUGCAGAGUGAGGCUGCAGAAACAGUGUAUUCUGAUAAGCAGGAAAAUCCAGAGCAUUUGGAAGGUCGAGCAGAGACAACAAGAGGUGUAGAUGAGGAGAAGUGUGACAAACAACCUGCUGCGGCUGGCAUGGAGGCGGAGCAGAAACAUCCUGAUGGUGGUGCUCUAUGGGACAUUUUUCGUAGAAAAGAUGUUGUGAAGCUGGAAGAAUACAUCAGAAAGCAUUCUAGAGAGUUCAGGCAUGUCCACUGUUCUCCAGUAGAACAGGUCAUCCAUCCUAUUCAUGACCAGUCUUUCUACUUGACGAUGGAGCAUAAAAGGAAGCUUAAGGCUGAAUAUGGAAUUGAACCUUGGACAUUCGAGCAAAAACUUGGUGAGGCUGUCUUUAUCCCUGCUGGAUGUCCCCAUCAAGUCAGAAACCUAAAGUCAUGCAUAAAGGUUGCACUGGAUUUCGUCUCUCCGGAGAAUAUUCGUGAGUGCAUUCGAUUGACAGAAGAAUUUCGCACUCUUCCGGAUGAGCACAGAGCUAAAGAAGACAAACUAGAGGUAAAGAAAAUGGCUCUGCUUGCGCUCAAACAAGUGAUAAAGGAGUUGAACGACUUGAAGUAUAAACCAAGUUAAGGACCUGCCUCCAAUCACAAGAGUCCAUGUAGGAGUCUGAAGCUGAAGAAAUGGCAGUGAUGCCCCAGCUUCACCCACUCUUGAUAUCAGUCAGGCUCAUCUUCUUGUAGUUAACCCCCUGCCGUGUUAACUGUUUUUUGGUAGACUGCAUGUAUCGUUACAUUAGCUUUGUCCUCAAGUCGGUGGCUAAAAUCUCCUCCCAUUGGCACAUGCGUUUUGUUUGCGUUAUUUUUUUGUA